UUCUGCUUCCUUAUCUUCCAUUGUUUGAUGAGGAUUCUCUUUUCAAGAGUUCUGACCGGACCGACGCCUAAGGACUGAGGCUGAAGAUGAUGAAAUAAAGAGUUAGGCAAACCAGAGGGCAGCUUCCCCUUGUUUGAUUCCCGAGAAUUCGCAGGAAAACACAAUGCAAGGAAAUGAAAAAUUCACUUUUUUUUCUUCCUUGGCUUUUUUCUUAUAAGGUUAAACGGAGAAUAACUGGAAGGAAAGAAAAAAACGAAGAGUAAGGAACAAGAGUGAGAACCUGAGGAGGAGAGGAAGAAGCUAUUGCAUCAGCUGAGAAUAGCCGAUCUCGAAAGAGAGAGAGAGAGAGAGAGAGAGAGAGAGAUGGAGGGAAAAGUACGGAACUGUAAAACCCUAGUUUUUCCGAGGUUAAAAAUGUAAGUAUAAAAAAGCCCGUUUGGAAACAAGGAUUUCCAAAUCCAAAUCCCCGUUUGGGCUAACAGAUAAAUAAAGAAAUAGAUUUGGAUUUGGGGAUUUGAAAUCAGUGGGAAACAGAGCAACUAGGAUCAGCGAAGAAGAAUUCAACUUCACAAAUUUUCGAUACUCUAACAGGGUUUGGUUAGGAAGAGCUUCUAAUGGCAACAGCUACGUACCCACCACCACCACCGUAUUACAGACUGUACAAAGAUUACUUACAAAACCCAAAGUCAGCUCCUGAGCCUCCCCCUCCUACUGAAGGGACUUAUGUUUGUUUUGGAAGCAACUACACUACCGAUGAUGUGCUUCCAACCUUGGAAGAACAAGGAGUGCGCCAGCUAUACCCAAAGGGACCAAAUAUCGAUUUUAAGAAGGAACUGAGGUCCCUUAAUAGAGAGUUGCAGCUGCAUAUUUUGGAGCUUGCUGAUGUUCUUGUUGAGAGACCAUCACAGUAUGCAAGGAGAGUGGAGGAAAUAUCCCUUAUAUUUAAAAACUUACACCACCUUCUCAAUUCAUUGCGUCCUCAUCAGGCUCAAGCAACGUUAAUUCACAUUCUAGAACUCCAAAUACAACACCGUAAACAAGCUGUGGAGGAUAUAAAGAGGAGAAGAGAAGAUGCUCGGAAACUUCUCAAGGAGUCAAUUGCAACCUUGGAUGGAAACUAGUGCAUGAAUUAGAUAAUUUUUGAUGAAAUGAUAGCUGCAUUUACUCAGCGCAUCUUCUGUUUUCUCACACUUCUGGAAAUCUGACCUGAAUAUCUCUGUUGUGUCACAUAUGACCGUUGGGGUUUAAUUUUAAGUAUGCCAACUGAGUAAUUACGAAAUUCUAAUGAAAGGAUCUUGAGCACAAGAAGCCUAUUAGAGAAUUAUGAAGAAAGCUGAACAAAUACUUGUGGAUCUAAAAUCUGCUAUUGUAGAAAUAUAUGAAUGGCCAACUUUUCUCGAAACCAAUUGGAGGACCCAUUAUGUGGUGAUUUAUAAGAUCAUUUAUGUAUUUGGAUGGAGAGAAGCAACAAAGCUUACAAAUAGACUCUAGAGCAAGAGCUUAUGCUGAGAUGCUUCUGUCGGUUCCUCCCCCCCCC